CAUCUAUGCGCUGUCACUGCCAACACAAGCCACCAUCACCCUCUCCCUAGAUUUUCCUAAUCUCACGCCCCGUUCACCCUCACCCUCACCGUCAAACUCUAUAUAAGGAUAACCACCUCCCCCGAAACGCCACUCUUUCUUUCUAGGGUUUUCCCUUUCAAAUCUCUCCCUCUCUCUUCCUCUCUCUAUGCCGAGUGAGUCGUUAUAGAAAGGCGACGCGUUCCUUGGUUAAUCAUUUUGAUUUUACUUUUCUCAUAUUAACCUAUCUCUUAUGCAUCUGAAUCUGAGUGUUUUUUAACUUUCAUUCUGGAUUUAAUAUGAAGCGAGCAAGGAAAUCCAACCGGGUUUCGUGGGCCACUGGAGGGAACCUGUGUCAGGUGAAAUUGUUUUUGUCUGACGAUUUCCCCUCAAAAGUAGGCCAACAUUCGCAAGAUCAUCUUCAAAUAAAGACAUCGAUGCUAAAUUCAAAUUCCGCCAUUAUUGAUCCUACCGAUUUGCCCCCUGGGUUUGAAAGCAGUCAUUUCCUAAAACAAACAAGGGUUGAUUUGUCCUGCAUUUCCCAGAUAAAAUGGGAAUGUCCUCUGCCGUUUAUUGUCAAUCCUGAUUGGCGUGUUGUAGCGGGCGAAGAAAGUAGGGAGAAAGAAAAUCAGAAAGCGAGAGAAAAUAGGGUGCUUGAAGCUGUUUAUCCCCGUCUUUCAGCCAUUCCUCCUAGUCCUUCUGUCUCUUUGGAAGUAGAAGAGGAAGAUUAUGAUGAUGACGUUACUCCCCUCAUCCCUAUCAUUCCCAUUGAAGAGGAAGAACCUAUGGAUAUUUUACCCGAAGUGGCAGUAGCUGGGAACCCUUUCCCCAAUGUGCAGCCGAAUAACCCUCUGCAACAUAUAUCUGCUGAAACUUCCAUUCGUUCACCCUCAAACGCCUUUUAUACUGAUUCCUCGGAUCCCUGUUCAGGGAUCCCCUUGGGUGGGGGGGUAUCUUUCGGUAUGGAAGCUGAUUUGGCAGCUUCUGUUGUUGCAACCAUUAUGAGGAGUUCUGAGCAGGGAUCCCCGAUUGAUAUGGAUUUACUGGUUAAAAUAUUUAAUGAUCCCAAAAUGCUCGACAAGUUGAUUAAUGAACAUAGAACUGCAGCAACCACCACAAGUGCUUCCACAAGUACUGUGGACACCACUCCUGGUGUUAAGCCUGACACUCCAGUUCUGUUGUCUACAUCUGAUGUGAAAGCUUCGGGGGCUACACCUACAAGUGCAGUGGGUUCAUUGCCUUUUGGUCUGAAAACUACAUAUCCAUCAGUUCCAGUAUUGAGUCCAACACCUGACAAGCCAUCCACUCUGUCAGUGCCUGCAGUUCCAUCAGUCUCACUGUUCUCUCCGGCUCAUGAUAAUCCAGUUACUGCAUCAGUUCCAUUGUCUAGGCCUUUAUCUGGUAAGCCAGGAACACCCUCAGUUUCAUUGCUCACAAAUACACCUGCAUCUCAUAUACCCAGGUCUGUUAGCAAACAAAUUCACCAUGUGUCAAGUGGUAUUUCCCCUGCAUUAAAUACUCAGCCUCACCAAGAUACAGCUCUGGCAUCUGGGCCAAAGCGAGUCGCUGCAAUGGGCGGUGAAUUAAGCACUGGUCCAGUGCCAUCUCUUACCAGGAACUUGCAUGCUGUUGUGAAUCCGGUGCAAUCCCCUGCCAGUACGUUGCCUUAUAAACUAAGCACAGGUUCAUCAGCAUUUGCUGUAAAGGAUGCCAACUACUAUAAAAACCUCAUCAGGCAACAUGGGGCAGAUAAGCAAGAUAUGCAGGACUCACACAUAGGUUGGGGAGAAUUGUUCAGUCCCAGUCAAGUGGUGGCCAUCCGUGGAGUUCUUUGGCGGAUGCCGCCUAGCCAUGAAUAAUUAAUUCACUGCAUAAUAAGAAAUCAUAAAAUACAUAUAAAAUAAUAUCAAGAUUUUAACUCGACAAAGAUUAAAUAAUAUAAUGACCAAAUAAUAAAAAGCUUAAGCACGACUAAUAUGAUCUGCUAAUGCUUUUGAAAGAUGCUUCACAGACCGCAUUAAAAUUUACGCAUAUAGUAGUUGAUUCAAUGACAAAUCCGUGGUUAAAAUGUGGUCGGUUUUAGGCUCAUUUCGAAUUAUUUUAACUGUUUGCAUUCAUAUAAUAAAUAACAAAUAAUUAUCUAAUCUGUCUUCAGCUAUACAAAUAAUGUAUAAUACAAAAUUGUUGGCUCAGAUGACUUUUCACGUAAAUGGUUCUUGCAGUCAACUGAUAUUUUAUGCUACGAUCUUUAGAAAGUUUUUGAUAGUUUUUAAAUCAUAAUUAUAUAAAUCAAAAUGAAUUUUCUACGAUUAUAAGAUGUCAAAUAGAAAAAGUCAAACACAGCAGAUACAUUAAAUCUUACUUUACCUAUUUGUUAUAAUAGGUUGUCAGGGUUAUAAAAGUAAAAGGGUUAUGGACUAGAAUUCUUCGUCUAAAAAAAGUUAAUGUUAUUACUAAUCAAUAUUUACCUACAAAAAGAUGUACUUAUGAGUAAACAUGUGAAUAUUAAAGUUUCGGCCUCAUGUUUCGUAAAAUUAUUGGUGUUUCUGGUAAUAUUAGUUGACAUUUUAAAAGUUAUUUUACUUAUCUAAAUUACUGAUGGGUAGAGAUUAAUUGGUGAAAAAAAUAGAUGGAUAGGAUGAAUUCCAUUUUUUUUAUUGUAAUAGAUAACAUAAAAAAGUUAUUUUAUUUUUUUAAAUAUUUAAUCCAAGUAUAUCCAUUUAAUAAAAUUUCACUUUAUUUACUCACGAUUUUUUCGUGGAUAGGGUAGACAUUUCAUUAACUUAAAAAUAUAUCUAAUUAUAUUUCCGAAGAAGGUUAAAAACAAAUUUAAAGGUAUGUGUUGGAAAUUUUAAAAAACUUAAAUUAAAGAUGUAUAGAUAUUUCCUUAAUGACAGAAAAUAAAGA